AUGAGCGAAAACGCACCAACCCGAGUACAGACACGCUCUUCACUAGCGUGUCUUCAGUGCCGAUCCAAGCAUGUCAAAUGUGAUGCAAAGCAGCCGCACUGUACAAGAUGUCUUGCGUCCCAGAAGGAAUGUCAGUAUACUGCUUCGCGCAGAGGUGGUCUUGAUCGUGCGGCGCUUGCGGAAAGAAAGAGACAUGCUAGGAAGGGUAGUUCUCGACAGAGUAGCGAGAGAUCGCAGAGCUUGACUAUUCCGGAACUCGAUGUCGAGUUUAUGGAGUAUGCGGAUAUUGUUCUGCCAGACCAAGACACAAACCAGGAGAUUGUCGCAUCGCAUACCGUUGAGUCGCAUAACGCUUUGAAGGAUGACCCUUUAAUUUCCUCCUACUACAAGAAUUUUCACGUCUUGCAUCCCUUCGCUCUACCCUUACAUCAUCUAGUCAAACUUUGCGCGGACCCUUCAUCAUCGUCCGACUUCGCCUCCAUAAUACCAGUAAUGCGUCUCAUCGGCAACCUCUAUGAGAACUACGAGUGGUCCAACCCUCGUCAAGCAGAAAUUGAAUCUCGCAUCUCGAAGCUUCCUCCCUCCGACCCAAUCCAAGUGCAAUGCCGACUCCUGUACUCUAUCGCCCUGUUCUGGGGUAGUCAUACUGCGACGGCGAAAGAGGAGAUCGAUACUGCUACUAGUGUCGCAGUUGAGUUGGGUAUGCACAAGAGAGAAUUCGUCAAUGCAUUCGCAGGGGAUGUUGUGCUGAUGGAGUCUUGGAGACGGACGUGGUGGAUGUUGUAUAUUGUUGAUGCCUAUUAUGCUGGAACCUUGGGGACAAUGAAUUUGAAGGCGUUCCGUGUGGAAGCGACUGUUGAUCUUCCUUGUGAGGAAGAUGAGUAUGAGUCAGGCCUCAUCCCGGAGCCUCACACACUGGAGGAAUUCGAAUCUCGCGAAUUUGCAGAUGAAGACCCCCAGUUCUCAUCAUUCACAUACCUCAUGGGUGCAGUACGUGCUGCAGCGCUCGCUAUCUCCGUCACUCCAAAGAGAGCAACUAGACAGGACUCAGAGCGGGUGAUACAAUCCGCAGACUCUGUCAUCGAUGCCUGGGUUAUGCUCCUACCUAAGAGCAAAAAGGUGAUGAGAGAUGAUGGAAGUAUCGACGAAUUGUUGUUCCAAGCCCAACUACUCAUCCAUGUCGCAACAAUUGGUAUGCACCGCCCGCUGUCAGAUCUACGAUUCAAUCCCAUUGAGAAUGUAUCAAGUUGCGCGAGACAAGCACCCACAGAGACACCUAAGGCCGAUCUCAUCAACGUCCAUACAAAGCGAGUUCUCAAGUCUAUCAAUGCACAGAUCCAGCUGUUGGCCCUUCCCGUUCGUCCCUUCCAUCACACGCCAUUCACCACAUGCAUGGUCAGCGAAGGCACCCUCUCGCUACUAUCAGCCUGCAAAUAUCUCUUUCGAGAUAAAGAACUUGCGAUAGCAAGAGAUCAGAUCAGACUUACCAUUGGGUGCUUGAAGACGGUAGGAGAGGUAUGGACGAGGACGGCAAAGAAUGUGAAAGAGAUAAAGACUGUUGCCCGACAUGUACUGGGACUCGAAAAAGGGAGUGCGUCUGGCUCCAGUGAAGUGCCGAGUUCAACAAGCAGCAGCGGGGAGGGAAGUUCGCAUUCUGCAGAUGUUUCAACACAGGGUGAUGAUAUUCUUGCCUCUCUGGGGUCCUUCGAAGAUAUUUGUGGGUGGAUUAACAUGGGCUCGGAUUUUACCUAUGACUGGAUGGGCGAUGAAGGGAUUAGUUAA